AUGUCACGCUCCUUCUAUGUCGACUCCUUAAUCAUCAAAGACUCCUCGAGGCCGGCUCCGUCCCUUCCUGAGCAUCAUCACGGCCAGGACUUCUUCAUCCCUCUCAGCAUGCCUUCCCCCCUCGUCAUGUCGGUGUCGGGCCCGGGCUGCCCGUCCCGAAAGAGCGGCGCCUUCUGCGUCUGCCCGCUCUGUGUCACCUCGCACCUGCACUCGUCCCGCGGCGGCGGCGCCGGCGGGGCCAUCCCUCUGCUCAAGAGCCAGUUCCCCGCGGCGGCGGGCGAGGCCCAGUGCUGCCCGCGGAGCGGCCACGCUCACCACCCGCCGCAGCACCCACCUCCCGCCGCCGCCGUGCCCGGCGCCGCCGCCCUGGGCCACCCUGCGCAUCACCCACCUGCCUGCGCCGCCGCCACCUACAGCGUCAGCGACCCCCGGAGGUUCCACUGCCUCGGCAUGGGAGGGUCCGAAUCCAGCCAAAUUCAAAAUGGGAAACGGAUGAGGACUGCUUUUACCAGCACCCAGCUCUUGGAGCUGGAGAGGGAAUUCUCCUCCAACAUGUACCUGUCCCGGCUGCGCAGGAUCGAGAUAGCCACGUACCUGAACCUGUCCGAGAAGCAAGUGAAAAUCUGGUUCCAAAACAGGAGGGUGAAGCACAAGAAAGAAGGCAAAGGCACCCAGCGAAACUCGCACGGGGGCUGCAAGUGCAGCACCAGCCAGGGGCAUUAUCCCCGGUCGGAGGAUGAAGAGUCUCUAUCCCCCUCAUCGGCUACCGAGGAUAAAGAGAUCUCCCCGUUAUGA